AUGACGGCAGCUCUCCGAAGCGGCUCGCACCGGCGAGCCACAGCAGACGCAGUUGGCGCUGAGGCCGUGAUCGAGGAGGUGGAGGCUUUAGAAGAGGCCUUGCAGCAGACGGUCACGCGCCAGCGCUCGCAAGGUGGAGGUGCGCCCGGAAAGUACGAUGCUGCAGUGGCCACCUACGGAGUGCAGCUAAGGGCAUGGGUGGACAUGCAGGUGGACGCACGCCUCGGUCAGCUUCUGCCCAACUUUCUUGAAGGUGAGCUGGAGAGCCUCCGAGUCGAUUGUGCUGCUUCCCAGGACGCUUCAGAGGCCGUGGCCUCCAGGUUGGAGGCAGAAAUACGAGCUGUAGCUGAUGCUCAGGCAAAGCUUCUCCAGGUCGUCGAAGGCAUGUCGCGUGAGCUGGCGCGGGCCCGC